AUGACUAUUUAUGCAUGGAUUGGUUGCAGUUCUGCUAAAUUUGGACAUUUAUAUGCGGCCGCACGUACACGAUCUAGUCCCGCUGCUGGAGUUAUUUAUGAGUUUCAGCUACUGAUCAUUGUGCAUGUUCUGCACAAAUUAUCCGACUUUUUGGUAUCUGAACAGAGUAAUACAGUGAGUGUGACUUCUCUUAUUGGAGGAACUUCUGAUAAUACGGGAUCUGGAGUUGCACGUCGAUUGGUUCUGAAGACUGGCCUUAAUAUCAUUCUUGCUUGUGACCUUCCGAAGAACAGCCCAAUGCUUGAGGCAGAUGCUGAGAAAAGGCUGGUGCAAAAGCUAAUUAGUCUAGGUUACACAAAGCCACAAGUGUAAAGGACAAUUUCCAUGGAGGAGCUUCGUCGUAGCAAUAUAUCUUACACUGCCGUGAAAUGGUUCUUUGGUUUCGUUUUUCUGGUUGAGUUCUCCAUAAUUUAUCAAAGAAAGAGAUGUGUAGUUGCAGGUGCCUCUAUCUAUACCCUUGGGGUAUAGCUUUAUCUUGGUUCUGCAAUUUGUAACAAAGAAAGGACAUUUUAGUUCUGAGACGUAGUAACAUUCCAAAAGAGAUGAUAAUGUUACUGGCUUUGUUUGGCAGCAAUGUACGAAUGGACUUCUUGAACUUGGGUUAGUUCUUGAUUUUCAAGGUGUGUUUAUAACUAAUGACAUCCUUUAUCUUUGAUUCAAA